UCAGUCGCAGCUGACCGAUGGGAACGCUUGGAGCGGUGUCUUCCGCGCUUGGUCUCUCAGUUCUCGCGCUCUGCAUGUCCGCUCGUGCGUAUCUCACGGUGCUUCAUCGCGUUCGUGUCGCGUCGCGUGUGAAUUGAAGAAAGAUACGAGAGGACGUGGAAUCCGGGGAUCGGCGCAUCUUCAUCGUUGAUUGCGAAAGAGUGAAAGGCCGCGCGGGACGAACGAAGACGACUUCGACGACGGGUCACGGGUGGAAUUGCCACGGUCAACGCAACACCGGUUCUGCCAACGGGAUCACUGUUGUUUGCUGUUGUCUCGCGUUUACCAACUAUUCCACAACCCUAUCCAGGACCAGCGGUCAAAUUGGGCGAAAUACAAUGAGGUAGUAAAUUAUUCACGGAGCACCUGAUGAGAGGCGAUUUUUAACACGGCGGGUGACAUGUUGUUCCUGUCGAGCCGCAGCGGCCGGAAAGGGCCCAUCGCUUGCUUGGUUGGCCUUCUCCUCCUGUUUGCCCUUUAUCAGCUGGGCAUUAUUUGCGGCUCCACCAGGUACAUACCCGCGGCCGUGAUGGUUGGCAAAGAGAAAUACGUGAUCGGGCCGUUCGAUCGCAAGACGUACACGUACGAUCGUUACAUGCCGCUCAUCUUCAUCGGCGGUGUACCACGAUCGGGUACGACCUUGAUGCGUGCCAUGCUGGACGCCCAUCCUGACGUGAGGUGCGGGCAAGAGACCAGAGUCAUACCGCGGAUUCUCCAGAUGAAGAUGCACUGGUCUAAAUCCGAGAAGGAGAACGUACGGCUUACCGAGGCGGGAAUCUCGAAAGAAGUGAUAGACAGCGCGAUAGCGGCCUUCUGUCUGGAGAUAAUAGCGCGACACGCCGAGCCGGCGCCGAGAUUGUGCAACAAGGACCCACUUACCCUAAAGAUGGGCUCGUAUAUCCUCGAGCUCUUCCCAAACGCCAAAUUUAUAUUCAUGGUACGCGACGGACGCGCCACCGUGCAUUCCAUCAUAUCCAGGAAGGUCACGAUAACGGGGUUCGAUUUAUCGUCCUACCGGCAGUCUCUCAUCAGAUGGAAUCACGCAAUUUCCGUAAUGUAUGGCCAGUGCAAGGAGCUAGGCCCGGAGAGAUGCUUGAUGGUCCCUUACGAACAGCUGGUGCUGCAUCCACGUCAAUGGAUGAAGAAGAUAUUAAAUUAUUUGGACGUACCGUGGAACGAGUCUGUCAUGCAUCACGAAGAAUUUAUCAACAAACCCGGCGGAGUGCCUCUGAGCAAGGUCGAGAGAUCAUCGGAUCAAAUUAUAAAGCCCGUGAAUCUGGCGGCGCUUACCAAAUGGGUCGGUAACAUUCCCGAGGAUGUAGUGAGAGAGAUGGCCGACAUCGCGCCGAUGCUCUCCGUGCUUGGUUACGAUCCUUACGCAAAUCCGCCUGUCUACGGCGCGCCGGAUAGUUUAGUUAGCGACAACACCAGACGGGUGUUGGCUGGCGGAAAGCUCUGGGAAGAGAAGGCGCGGGCAUAUCAACUAUCUCACAGACCGACUGAGACGAGCAUUGAGGAAGCUGCUUCCAGCACGGCUCCGGUCGCGUGACCCCGCGUGAUACUUUUAGAUGCGCGCAACACGUAACCAACUACUAUCCAAACUCUAAUCCGACUUAGGAUUUCCGCGCGUGCGGACUUCUCCUCUUAUAUUUUCAAAGUAAACUCGAUAGUCGCAUUCGACGCGACUUGUCGUCCCGUCGAGAAUUAAUCGUUGUGUUUUCUUAAUCUCCUUCGUUGUCACAUCAACGACAUGCAUGGACAACGAAUUCAUCGGCAUUCACUCAUUGCGAAGUUUAUUUAUUCGCAUCAGGUUCGUGUGUUUCGUGAAAUCAAGAGAUUUGUAAUACUAGAUCGUGACUAGAAAACACAAAGUGUCUUUUCAAGAAUAAAUACCCGAAAUACUGCGGGAAAUAUUUUAACAGUUUAUCAAGUGUUAAUGCAGAGCAUCAUUGUGUAAAAAGGUAAUUUCUGAGUUUUUUUUUUAAUUUCUUGAUGUCUCCAAAUCAGAUAUGACUUUCUUUCAUCUUAAGAUGAGUAUAUUAACAGUUCUUACAAUUUAUUUCUAGAAUGCAUAUAAUGCCAAUAUAAUCUUAACACAGAGAUAUAAUAAUAAUAUAUGUUGAAUAAUAGAGCUAUUAUUAUAUCAAUUUGAAAAAUGAAGCAUAGUUUGUAAGGUUCAUUUUAGAUAUGAUUUAUGUAAAAUAUGUUGUAUUUAAAUAUCUAGACUGGAUCUUGCAAAUUAUUAUCUUAUCGCAUUUUUAUACUAAAUUUUUUUAUUUCUACUUAAAAAUGUAUACUAUAUAUAAUUAUAAGUAAAUUUAUUAGUAACAAAUUAUAAAAAAAGAGAUCUGAUAAAAAUUAAUCAUUGAUUAAGUUGAAUGACAAGUUCCUUUUUGUCACUAGACAUCGUCUAGCAUUACAAGUAUUGUAGUGCGUUAUGAGACAAAUCCCGAGUUGACGGAAUACUAUCGCUCUGAUCUAUCAUCAUAAUCGAUUAUUACGAGAAUAACAGGCUUGAUAUUCGUCGCACUUAGGGAUCAAACUUUGAUUACGUAUUGUAAAGGAUAAGAUCUGUUACUAUUUCUGUAAAAAACACGAAAAAUGAUCUUAUCCCUAUUGUCACGUUAUAGAGAUGAAUAUAGCGAUCAUUGUCAUAUGUAUGGAAAACCGAACACUGCAUGAUCGGUUUCCAUCUUUUCUUAUUAAAUGACAUCGACCAAUAACGGCCAGUGAUUUUAAACAGAAGCAUUGAUAAGAUAUUUAAUGACGAUAGAUCAAUUUAAAAUGCACAAGAGAUCGAAAGUAGAAACUUCUCUUUUAUCUCUCUCAAAAAAAAAUUUUGUCAUUUAAUCUUAACCCAGCACAAAGUUUUCUAUUUAACAUUAAAGGCAAUCCGAUAUAUGAAACAAAAUUACAUAAAAAUGGGUUAACUCUAUCACGAGUAAUUGUUUUAAGAUUUGUACAAUGCGUGGCUUUUUGCUAAUUUAGCAAUGUGUAAGUAAAGCUUAUUUUUUUUUUAAUUUUUCGGAUAAACUAUCAUUUUUACGUAACAUUCGUCCAAUUAUAUAUUAUAUAUAUAUUAAUUAGAUAUUAAUCAUGUACAAAAAUCGAGAAGAUUGCACACUAAAGUUUUUAUUCUCCGCAUCUCCAUUAUAUCAUUUCAAUCACGCCAUUUUGUUGUAACCAAUCUCGAAUUUUUCAUGUUCGUCAUAUUUUUUAAAUAAUAUAGUUUGUCUUCUUCACGGUCAAUUUAUAUUAUGAAUAUAUUUCUAAUACAUAUAUAUCACAAAUUAAUAUUCGGUUGGUGACACAAAACUCCAUCAUAUUUGAAAUGCCUCUUGAAAAAUCAAAAUUACAUAAAAUUUUUUAAAAAUUGUUAUUAGUGAGAAGCAUUUUAAUUAAAAGUAUUCCUUCCUUAAACUUUUUCUUUUUAAAAAUUCAGAUCAAUUACCUUUAAUUUUUGCUUAAAAACUUACUAGAAAAAAAUGUGACGCAGUUUUUCUGAACCAACCUGAUAUUUAGAUAAAUGUAAAUAAUACUUGUGAAGUUUUUCUCGAUCGUAAUUUGGCUGCGACAUAUUCUCAUUGUUCAUGGAUUUUUAUGACAGUUAUGUUAUAAUUUUAGGAAAAGAACAACGCACUGUUAGAAUGGAAUCUGUGACAGACAAGCAAAGGCAUGUCCAAAUCUUGACUAUUUGAAUUGUGCAAUUAAAUUAUUUUGAUAUUAACAA